CUCCUGGCUCGGGGGGCGUGGCAGUGUUGGGAGCGUAUUGUGCUCAAGGGCACGGAAGAGGGAAGAGCUUGGCGGGGAGGAGGAUUAUUAGGUCUUUGCGAGGGGUCUGUGGAUAUUGGCUGGCGUAUGAUUAUGGCACAGCGGUUCCCUGACAGCCCUUCUUCCGAUGGAGAUAACGAUGUCUUCCUGCCAGAUGGAAGUCCACAGCCUGUUAGUGAAUUCUUGCAUGAGCUGCCAAGCUACCAGUCCUUGUUAAGGAGGAAAACCUCCUAUUAUGGAACAAUUGAAAGACGCAGAAGUACCCGUCAGCUUAAAGCUUCACUUUCUGUCGAUCCAAGCAGUUUGGAGGCAGCGAGUGAGGGGAUGAUGAUGAUACCAUUAAGGGAGCAUGCACUCACUAUGCAAGAAAAAAGGAAAUUAAGGGAUAUGCAGAAGCUGUGUUCCCAGUACAUCACAGUAUGGAGCCAGUGGAAACAAUCAAGUUGGAAGUCAUGCAGAAAAUUAAAGGAUGACAUUUCUCAAUUGCUCGUUAGCCAUCUGACACUUUGGAGAGGAAACAUUCGCAACAUUGAGGGUAAAUUUGGAACUGGCAUUGGGUCUUAUUUCUCAUUUCUUAGGUUUCUGGUGAUUUUGAAUUUUGUGAUGUUUCUCUUGAUGUUUUGUUUUACUACACUCCCGGUCGCCAUUUCCAAACAAGGAGUUUUCAACAGCAGCAAUAUAAACCCGACUGAAGUUGAUUCCGAAUGCACACAUUAUUCCCCAGGUGGCUAUGGACUUCUGUAUUUCUACAGUAAUAUUAUUGAUUUACUUUCAGGAACGGGUUUUCUAGAGCUCACCUAUCUAUUUUAUGGCUAUUAUACCAUAGAGACUGUCACUUUUUAUGUCUUCAACUACAGUCUUCCACUUGCUUAUGUGUUGGUCACAAUAAGCUGCCUUUUGUUGAGCAUUGUCUGGAUAGUUAAAAGGGCUGUAGAUGGUUUUAAACAAAGCCUGGUACACGACGAAGACAAAUUUCAGAGCUACUGCAAUAAAAUAUUUGCAGGUUGGGAUUUCUGUAUUACUGAUCAGUACUCGGCGACUCUUAAACACAGCAGUUUGCAGCAUGAAUUAAAAACAGAUCUGGCUGAGGAAAGAAUCCGCCAAAGGAAACAGAAGAGGACAAGGGGAGACACAUGCCGCAUUUAUUUUUUACGUUUACUUUUAAAUGUAAUUGUCAUUGGAGUGUUGGCCGGCAGCUUUUAUGCAAUUUACCGAGCUACUGUAUAUUCACUGGAAAACAGCAACACAGUAAGUGGAAGCAACGCUGACCCUAUAAACCUACUCCUGGAGUAUUUACCAUCAAUUGUAAUCACCAUAGCCAACUUUAUAACACCUCUGAUCUUUGAAGCUAUUGUUCGUUAUGAAGAUUACUCUCCAGCCUUUGAAAUUAGAUUUACGUUGAUACGAUGUGUGUUUGUCCGGUUGGCCAGCAUUGGAGUACUGUUGAUUUCCCUUUGGACUCGAAUCACUUCCUGCCAAAGUCGGACCUGUAACCUUUGUGGAUAUAAUUAUAAGUUAUAUCCAUGUUGGGAAUCUCGAGUUGGUCAGGAAAUGUAUAAGCUGAUGAUUUUUGACUUUUUAAUUAUUGUGUCAUUGACAAUAUUUGUGGAAUUUCCAAGAAAAUUGAUGGUUACCUACUGCUCCUCUAAACCUGUGAAAUGGUGGGGUCAGCAGGAGUUUGAGAUUCCUCAAAAUGUUCUAGAGAUUGUCUAUGGGCAGACCAUUUGCUGGAUUGGAAUAUUUUAUUCACCUCUUCUACCAGCCAUUGCAACUGUGAAGUACUUCAUUAUAUUUUACAUUAAAAAGAUCAGUCUAAUGGAAAACUGCAGACCAUCAACAAGGCCUUUCCGGGCCUCCAGCUCUAAUUUUUUCUUCCAAGUGAUACUGUUGAUAGGCCUGGUCUUGGCCUGUAUUCCUGUAGGGUUUGGAAUUGCAUACAUACCAGCAUCUAAAGCAUGUGGCCUGUUCAUGAAUUUCACCACGUCGUGGGAAAUUAUACCAAACGUUGUAAAAACAUUUCCCAUUGGGCUGCAGAAAUUCAUCUAUGUCAUUGCAUCAGAAUCUUUUGCUGUCCCCUUUUUCUUACUGUCGUGUCUUGUCAUGUUUUACUUUAUUGCUCUUGCUGGAGCACAUAAAAAGGUUGUGCAGCAGCUACAGGAACAACUAGCAAUGGAAGGCCGGGACAAACUUUUCCUUAUAAGACGGCUCACUGAAGUUCACCACAUCAAAGUUUAAGGUCCCAUGAACGACACGGAAUAAAGAGCAAGUACUUUUCCCUGG